AGUGGUAUAAACGCAGCGGUGAGGAACACGUUCAGUCAGACCGCGCUGGAUAUCGUUUAUCAGUUCACUGCAACUCAGGCCAGCAGAGAGAUAAAACAGCUGCUGAGAGAUGCUUCAGCCGCUCUUCAGGUUCGAGCUCUGAAGGACUACUGCAACAACUACGACCUGACGAGCCUCAACAUCAAGGCCGGAGACGUGAUCACGGUUUUGGAGCAGCACCCUGACGGACGCUGGAAAGGCUGCAUCCAUGAUAACCGAACAGGAAAUGACCGAGUGGGAUACUUCCCUUCCACCAUGGUGGAGGUCAUCAGCAAGCGCACAGGUUUGGCCAGCACAGUCAUUUGCACUCAACAGUUUCAAAAGAUACCGCUGGUUCCUCCGGCAACGGUUGCCCCUGCAAACUCGAUAUUGAACGGCAACGACACCACCUUCCAUCAGAUCCAUAUCCUGCCUCCACCGCCUCCUCCUCCACCUCCACAUUCCCAUCAGCCACUGCUUCCACUUUUCACUUCCUUUGGCUAUAGCAAGUCGCCCGUGACAAGCCCACAGGGAGAAACCCCCACUGUCCCAGGUUGCCGCGGCUCAGAGGUCAGUCCUCACAGCUCCCCCACCACGUCCUGCGGGCCCCAAGGAGGCUCCAACGAAGAGAUCUGGGUUCUGCGCAAACCCACGGCAGGUGGGGACCGCAGCAGUUUGGGCAGUUCUGGCAGUGUGACCAGUGUUCGGUCGUCGGGCAGCGGUCAGAGCGCCGGCAGCGUUCACGUGAUGCACGCACAGUCCGAGGGGGUGAAGCUUCUCGCCACCGUCCUGUCGCAGUCGGCCAAAGCUAAGGAGCAUCUGAUGGAGCAGGCCAAGUCUGUGGACCAACCUGCAGCCUCCUCUCGGACACCGAGCCAAUCAGGAUGUCCGCUCCACGAAGCGCCGCCUUACGACGCCACGGCAACCAGGAAGGGGGAGGGGCCAUGCGAGGGGAAGAGCUCAGAGGCCGUUGUCCAAUGGCUGAGCGACUUUCAGCUGCAGGUCUACGCUCCAAACUUCCUGUCCGCGGGCUAUGACUUGCCCACCAUUAGCCGAAUGACCCCGGAGGAUCUGACGGCUAUUGGAAUAACUAAACCGGGCCACAGAAAGAAGAUGACGUCAGAGAUUAACAAACUGGGUGUCAAUGAUUGGCUGCCUGACCACAAACCUGCCAAUCUGGGCGAGUGGCUGUCUGCGAUCGGGCUGAGUCAGUACCACCAGGUGUUGGUUCAGAACGGCUACGAGAACAUCGAGUUCAUCACCGACAUCACCUGGGAGGACCUGCAGGAAAUAGGCAUCAUCAAACUGGGCCACCAGAAGAAGCUGAUGCUGGCGGUGAAGCGUCUCGCUGAAAUGCAGCGCGGAUCAGACGGUCGGGGGAAGAAGCCUCCACCAAUCACACACACACAGCAGGAAGCGACGUUGAUAGACAGCCCGCCUCCAGAAGAGCUCAUGUCUCCAAAGAUGAGCUCCUUCCAGGACAGCGAGUUGAGCCCCGAGCUGCAGAGCGUCAUCAUGACACAGCCAGGACAGGAAGUCAAAGCUCAGCGAACACGAAGCAAAGACCACGAGGAGAUUCUGAUUGGAGGAGGAGGAGGAGGAGAACGAGAACGAGGAGGAGGAAGAGGAGAAGAAAGAGGUGUUGGAGGAGGAGGAGGAGGAGAACAAGGAGGAGGAGGAGAAAGAGGAGAAGGAAGAGGAGGAGGAGGAGAAAGAGGCGGAGGAGUUAUUGGACCUCCACCGAAAAAGGAGGCUCGGACAAUGCGCCAGCAGAGCAGCCAGGGGAGUCGAGGCAGCGUUUCCUCUCAGGGGAAACACCGUCACUCCCACUCCCACUCCAUGCCUGCGCCUCCCUACACGCCUCCUCACACCUCCACCAAGCCUAGGACCUCCUCUUCCUCCUCCUCCUCCUCCUCCGUCCAGAGCACAGCUUCUCCGCAGACCAAACACAAGCCCACGCCUCCGUUCAUCCAGGGCGAGAGACCCCAGUCUCCUCGAUCAAACCCCCCGCAGUCUCCAACCCAACGAGGGCCUCCGAUAACCCAGAUUCCCCCCCAGACACAACAGCAGCCUCCAGACGUGAUGCAGAACCAGGCUCAGCCUCAGCACCCCCCACAGACACAGGGGAUGGAGCCACAGGUCCCGAUGCUGUGUCUUCCUCCAGAGGUCUCUGAGAGGGAGGAGCCAUCACGCCCGCACACCCUCCCCCGAUACAACUUCUCCGAGGGGGAGUGUGACGACAAGGAGGGAGAGGGGGAAGCCGAGGUGGUGCUGAGUCCACUUCCUGCCCCGGUGGUCAGAGGAGACGGAGUUAAAUACGCAACGCACCGAGUCAGCCGCAGCCACUCGGUCCGCAACCAGGAGAAAAUACGCAACCACUCGCAGACGUUAGCUCUGCGUCAGAAGAAGAAAGGACCGCCUCCACCUCCGCCCAAACGCUGCAGCUCCGCCAUCUCCACCUCCACCUCCAACCUGACGGAGAGCACCUCGUCACCGCGGGGGGGGGGGAUGCUGGACGUGCCGUUCCUCCAGCAGCGGAGGGCCAGCGACCUGGGGGUCUCCGUGGAGACGGUCGUCAUGGAGAAGAGCAGCGUGGGCAGCGUGAGGAGCAUCGCCGCCAUGUUGGAGCUGUCGUCCAUAGGAGGCGGACCAAAAGGCAUGGCGCUGCAGAGGAACUUCCUGCAGGUGGGUAAAACUCGCGAUGCCAUUGGUCUGGACGGGGAGGUGGUGAACCGGAGGAGGACCAUCAGCGGUCCGGUGUCCGAGUUGGUGGAGGCGGCAAGAAGGGAACAACCCACUCCUCAACCUCAACUCUCCGUCCAGCCCUCACCCUCCGUCCAGCAUCCUGCCUCCUCCCCUCCACCAGUGAACGCCUCCUCCAACAACCCCCCGUCCUCCAACAACCCUCCGUCCUCAAACAACCCUCCGUCCUCAAACAACCCCCCGUCCUCAAACAACCCUCCGUCCUCCAACAACCCCCCGUCCUCCCCCCAGCCUCCGUCCAGUUCGUUGGAGAAUCUACCGUUUGCAGACGAGGGAAGUCUGACCAUCCGCCGCCAAGGACGAGGAGAAGGAGAAGGACAG